AUGUUUGUUUAUUAUUUAACAGAAGUUAUAAUACAAAUGAAACAAAACAAGAGAAAUACACAUAAAAAGGUGUCGUCGAGCGGUUCGUACGGACGCACCGUUUUGUGGCCAAACGCAUCGCAACGUAGAGUUAUUAAUCAGGCAAUGAAAAACAUACAAGCACAAUCUUGUGUGCGGUUUAAACAGCGGACUAAUCAACAUGAUUAUUUGCAACUAUUUAAAGGACAAGGGUGCUAUUCAUCAAUCGGCAAAACGGGUGGCCGACAGUACCUAUCGCUGGGCUAUGGGUGUCAUUACGUAGGGGUGGCUACACAUGAAAUACUACAUACGUUGGGCUUUUACCACGAGCAGAGUCGGGCCGAUCGGGACAACUACCUGACCAUUCACUGGCAAAACAUCGCUCGGGGUAUGUCCUCACAGUAUGACAAAGUGUCCAAAUCGGCGAAUCAUUUGUACGUUGGCUUUGAUUACCAGUCAAUCAUGAUUUAUGGGGCAAAAGAUUUCAGUAAAAACGGCAAAUACACGAUGACUGCCAAACAACGUGGUGUCCGGCUAUCGGCACAAAACAAUAGGCGAAGUAUGAGCUCAUUGGACGCCCGGGCCCUCAACACUAUGUAUGGGUGCAGUGGCGGCGGUGGCGGCUCAGGGGCUAAGAAACGGAAACGUGGCUAG